UCACGAGUCUCCGAGCGCCGAGCUCUUUCGUCACAUACAUCUCAAGAACGAAUGAAGAACGUGGUGCAACGCGGAGCGCAUGCUGAACGCAACUGCUUAGGUUUGCAAAAAAAAAAAAAAAAAAGUGCUACUGCGAUGCGGCAGUUGUCAGGGGGAUAUCGGAGAGGAGGGGGUGUGAUUGGCUGAAGUGGCCCUGUUGCCUUGGCGACUGCAGGGGGGGUACGGAAGCGUUGCCGUGCGGCGUGAUCUCCGCGCUGUGUGGAUGGAGGAAGCAGCUGCUGAUCUUUUGACACAGCGCGAGCGAAAGGCUACUGCAUGAAAGCACGGGAGUUUUUGUCGUCGUACGUGACAGUAUAAUGCACGAAUACCCUCCUGGUUUGAUGGGUCCAAUAAUCGGGAUGUCUCCAGAUAAAAAAGCCGAAUCGCCUGGAGCGCAGGGAGUGUGUGGAGCAGGGACUCUCCCUGAAGCAGAGAGUGCGUCCAGCCCCAUGGCUACCAGUCUGGACCAGAUCGGUCGAGCUGGAGCGCUGAGUGUCGUAGGAGGCGAGUCAGAAGACGAUGAGCUAACCAACCUGAAUUGGCUUCAUGAGAACUUGCUGCAGAACUUCACUCUCGGCGGACCCGAGGCACAAUCCAACAAAAGCCCACUGUUUGACAUUGAGGGUUGUGGUGGGUCACUACACAGUAACACCACCUUAUCCACUUCAUCCAUCUCAGCAGGGAGUGCAGGAAGUGAGAGAGAUCCACACAAGUCAAAGCCUCCAUUAUCUUUCUCCUUACUGAUAUACAUGGCUAUCGAGCAGUCACCCAGCAAAUCUCUUCCUGUGAAGGACAUCUAUGGCUGGAUCCUCAAACAUUUUCCAUAUUUCUCUAGUGCCCCCACUGGCUGGAAGAACUCGGUGCGCCACAACCUCUCCCUGAACAAGUGCUUCCGCAAAGUAGAGCGAAGCAUAGGAAAGGCCAAUGGGAAAGGCUCUCUGUGGUGUGUUCACCCUGAGUUCCGGCCCAUGCUGAUGCAAGCCCUGAAGAAGCAGCACUUCCCAAAUGCACAUGCCUUCUGCACUCCUCCUGCCUCCCCUCCCAGUGCCUCGUCUCCUCCUCAUCACCUCUUCACAUCAGAGCAGGGCUGUGCCCUUAAAGAAUGUGAUUUUGAUGCUGCCACUGCCAUGAUGCUGUUAAAGUCUGCCUCUGAGCAGAACAUUGACUCAUGGAAUGAAACACUGCAUGUGGUCCUCCCCAUCCUUUUUAAACUCAGAAAGUCCCAGGAAGGCUACAUACAAACAGUCUACCUGUGGCAGUAUUCAUGGAAAAGUUACUAUUGAUGCUGUUUUUUGGAAAUGCUGUUUGAAAUGCUUGGUAAACUGAUUUAUUUUUCCUUUCACAUUUGUACCUGUGUUUAAAAAGAUUUAGUCCCAGUUUUUGGCAUGCUAAGGCUAAAUUAAUAUGUCAAUGUUGGAAAAGGCAUUAGAGGGAGUGACUGAUGUUACUUGGCAUGUGAGUGCUGGUCUCACUCAGCUGCUUGUGAAGGGAAUGACCUGAGCUGUUUAGUCUUAAACUCUAACAUGUGUAAGUAUGAUAGUAAUAGACUGCAUGUUCCUUCUUUUCACUACCUCAGAAGCUGACAACACACACACACACACACACACACACACACACACACACACACACACACACACACACACACAUGUUGGUGUGGCUAUCCUUAUGAGGACUCUCCAUAGACAUAAUGAUUUUUAUACUGUACGAACUAUAGAUUCUAUCCCCUAACCAUAACCCUACCCCUAAACCUAACCCUCACAAAAAACUUUCUGCAUAUUUACAUUUUCAAAAAAAGUUUUUUAAGCAAUUUGAAUAUGGGGACACUAGAAAUGUCCUCAUAAACCACAUUUAUAGCAUUAUACCCUUGUAAUUACCAGUUUGUAACCUAAAAAAUGUCCUCGUAAACCACUUAAACCUGCCCACACACACACACACGCACACUAUUUCUAUGAAUGGAACAUUUAAUAUCUCACAUUUUUUUGUGUAAGAUUUUGAACACAAUUAUAAAAAAUAAAUAAAUACAGCAGGUCUUUAUAGCUAUUCAAUCAAAUGCUAUUAGAAAGUGUAGAAUGGCAUAGAAGUACACCUUUGCUGGCAAACUUAUUGAAAAAAAUCUGCUCUAGUGGAAAGAAAAUCAAUGUUGAGUUUUAAUUGCUGCUCCUUCCUUUACUGCUACUAUGUAUCCUAGUGUUAAAAAGUGCUGGGAGAACUAUGAUUGCAAUGCAGCCAUGCCAGAGAGCUGUUAAACUGUGGGCUUUGUAAACCACUUUGAAUAAAUGGAUAACCUUGAACACUGGUUAGAGUGGGGAGGGAUUUUCCCCCCAUGUUAUUUCUAAAAUUCUGUUUUUAAAACAACAGACAAAUUAAUGUUGGAUUUUUUUUUUUAACCUGACAUCCUUUGAGCACCAGUUACAGUAAAUUAUAAUUAUGAACUUUUAAUAUAAGAUGUGAUUCCCACAAUACAACUGGAGCUUCAGAUGCAUUUUAAAACACACAAUUAUUCUGUAAUGCUAGAAAAUAAUUAGAAUUUAUAGCAAACUAAAUUUAAUAUAAUUAUUAAUUAUUUCAUUACUUCAGUCUUAAAAGCGCAAGAGAAAUGGGAGAGAGGGAGAUAGAGAGAGUGAGACUGUGUCACUGCAUCUCUUUGAAAUAUGCAAUUAAGCACUCUCAGCAACAUCCUUAUUUUACCUUGAUGAUAAGGACAAUGAAUGUGCUAAAAAUAGCUAGUUGGGUUAGGCAAUCAGUGGACCGCUCCUGUCUCAUCAACCCCAGGUGAAUACACAUCAGAGUACAAAAGGACACAAAAGAGCUUCUGUGAGCACAACUGACAACUUUUUUUUCCAUUCACACAGAGAACAACAAAAAUGUAUUUCCUACAUUUUUCUGGACUUGUCAAGUAAGACUUUAAACAAACUAAACUUUGCAUAUGAUUAUGCUUAUAUUUUUCCAAACCCAUAUGGCAUUCUUUUUUCUGUGGAACACUCUGUAGAUGUUAGGCAGUCUCAGUCACCACUCACUUUCAUUGCAUUGUUAUUCUUAAUAUUAUAUUAUAGUCCUAGUUAUACAUAUUAUGGCAUAAAAUAUGAGUUGAUGUUGAUUUAAUUCUUAGGGUUAGAGGUAAUAAAUCUUAAGGUAAUAAAUCUCAAUCUUGAGAAUUUGUAUUAAUGAAUUUAAUUGUCAUAAACAAAUAAUAAUAAUAAAAAAGGCCCUCAUAAAAGGUAAAAAAUGCCCCUGUAAAUCAAAUCCAGGAGAGUUCAUUCCUGACACUGAUGGUGACUGAGGCUGUCAUCCUGCCUAACAUCUCCUUUUGUGUUCAAUAAAAGAAUGAAAGUCAAACUGUUUGUAACAUCCUCCAGGUUUGGAAUUUGACAGAAUUGGCUAUUGCAUUAGAUAUCACAAACAAUACUUCAAAGCUUUUAUUUAUUAUCAAAUCAUAAUGUAUUAAUGUUAAUUUAUACAACUUUAUACAUAUAUGUAGAAAUUAACAUUAUAAUGAACAAAAUAAAUGAAUGAUGUAAAUGUACUGCAUUGUUCAUUGUUAGCUCAUGUUAAAUAUUGUGUUAACUAAUGUUAAUGUGUACAACUUUAUUGUAAAUUGUGCUUUUUAUUGUCAUUACACACAAAAUGUCACCAGGGGUCAGGAGAGAACCAUAAAAGCAAAUAUUGGGUCUUACCAGAAGACACUAUCUAUAAGAUGUGUGGUUGCUCUUGGAAUGCUGUACUAACCUAUUCAUUUUAACCUACAUUCAUGCAAAUGUUCAUGAUUGUUGGCGUGCAUUAAACCUAAGUCCAUAGGUCUUUUAUAGCUAGCUAUUAAAGUUAAGGUUUAUUAUGAUUAGAAAGUCCUUUAUGUGAAGAUAUUACAAAAUAUACAUUUUGAAUGUGGAACCCCCCCCCCCCCCCACCAAUCUAUAUGUAUGAAAUGGAAUAACCUUUCAGCAUUUGCCCUCACAGGAAGUAACCUCUGUAUGUUGUACUGAGCUUUAAGCCAGCUGCAAGCUGUGAUCAGGAUGUUCAUAGCCCAAUGCAUAUCUGCCUGGAGCCCUGUGCUAUUUGCCUACACACAGCAUAGGCUACAGCAUUCUGCAUUACUAGUGAUGUGCUCCCUUGCUGAUGAGAUCUUCAAUUUUGUGUUUGCUUCCCUGGAUACCAGAGCACCAAAAGAUGUAGCAUCUGAUAAUGGGGUUAAAAAAAAUAAAAAAAUAAAAAAAUAAUAAUAUUGCACACACAAAUUUUAUUGUAAGUCGCAGUGGUAAAACAGCAUGUGAUAAAAUAAAUGCAAAUGUGAAUAUGCCACUAAUACAUCAGAAUUCUAUAAUCCAUGACCACAUAUACACUGUCUGAUCUGGUCUGAACUG